GCGGGCCGAAGCCGACGCGCGACGGCGCGACGUGCGCGCAUGCGCCGUGCGCACAACAAAAAAUGAAUAUCCAGUCUCCCGCACUGUGGGUCGCACGCUGGUCGCGGCUGCCGUUUCCCGCGCGCCGUGAACGCCCGGGCCGCGAGUGUUGCGGGGUGUGGUCGCAGGAGGCCGAUGCGGUGAGCUGUGAUGCUAGCCACGAGGCCCGGGGCCCGGCGGCUGGCUCCCUCGGGCUGCUAGCGGCCGCGGCAUGGCGCGCCGCGCCGCCCGCGCCCGCGCCUCCUCUCUCCGACCAUGAGCGACCUGCAAGCCACCUUCGAGUUCUCCGUGGAGCUCUACAAGUUCUACAAUGUCGAUCUCUUUCAGAGAGGACUGUACCAAGUGCGCGUGAGUCUGCGCGUGUCGCCCAAGGUGCCGGUGCACAUCGAGGCGACGGUGUCCAGCGGCAAUGGCGCCGCGCGCACCGGCCGGCCCGCCGCCAACGCCUCCCUCAUGGGGGGCAUCGCUGCUUCCAGAGCCUUCCAGAUCAUGUACCGGAACGAGGAGGUCACGCUGCGUGACAUAGUGCAUUUUAGAGCCCAUUUGCUAGUUGAUAGCCGUAACCUCAAGGAUUCCUUAGAGCGAGCAGAAUGGAGUCUCGGCAUCGAGCUGUGGUGCAGUGAGAAUGCCCAGUCGAGCAAUCUAGCCCCCGUCUCCUGCCGCGUGCUAAAGCUGCACUUUCAACCGGCGCAAGGACUCCAUUACCACCUGCCAGUUCUGUUCGACUACUUUCACCUAGGCGCUGUUUCCGUCACCAUCCAUGCAAGCUUAGUCGCUUUACAUCAGCCGUAUAUCAAAAAGAGCAUUAUGCAUUACGUACAAAGUUGCACGCCCCGAUCUAGUAAGCAGUGGGGGAAAUUGAUGAAAAGUGCGGGGUCGAACUUUAACGCUACGGGAAGCUUAGAGAACAUUCUGUUCGGGUCAACUGGGAAGUGUGCCGGCGGGAACUCGAGCAAAAUUGCGCAUGCCAGGCAAGUGCAUGCCGAAGUUUGCGGUAUUCUUCUCGGGUCACUCGAGGGUUUGCAGAGUGCCCUCACAGUAUGUGGCUCCACGGGUGUUCUGCUGACACCUGAGGAGUCUACGUCCAACUCUAUUGUCGGCGAGGUUGCACAACGGAUAAAGGACUUGAGCGAUAUAGGCAAGAAGUCCGAAGCAGGCGAAGAGGAGGAAUGGGCAAUGGGAGCGGCGCACGACAUAGCGCGGCUGUGUGCGGAGGUAACACUGCGGUGGCGCGCCUUCCUGCACCACACCACCGACCGGCCGCACGUCCACCACGCUCUGGCAGCGCGCCAUCAUGCAUUACGAAUUAAAAGAUUCUCGGAGUGCUUCUUCGUGCUGGACAACCCUCGGCAUUCGCUCGCAGGCUGCUACGACAGCAACUACCAGUCGUACCAGACCGUGGGGGAAACUGCUCGACGGUCUCGCUACCUGGCCCUGCUGCCGCCUCUCCCCGUGCAUUGCAUCGCGCUCGACGGCGAUCCCCAUAUCAUGCCUAUCAUAUUUGAAGACAGGUAUCAAGACACAGCAGAGUUCGCAAGAAGGCGAUCGUUUUUAAAUUCUAAUGCAAAUAAAUCUGGAAGCGAUCCCUUCCUGUGUUCGGAACCUGUCCGAGAAGACUGUGCAUGUAGCGUAAGUUCAAUUAUGGAUUCAAGACGACCCUCAUCUGAAGCAUCGAGGGUCACUCUAUCAUUGCCUAAGAACAUGAUAGACGUCCUUGAACCAGAUUUUGAUGUUCCCAAACCCAGUACGAGUGUAGUGCAAGCGACGUUGACACUAGCGCCGCAAAAGGCUUCAAGAGGAUCACCAAAAAGAACGAUAGUAAAACAAAAUGUUGUGGAAAUGAACAAACCAUAUAAUAAGCAAUUAGAAUUAACUGGUAGAAAUAGAUAUAUUGUACAGAAUAAUCAAAUAAGCGAAAUUCAACUACCGCCGAACAACGUUUUUUCCUCAUGCCCCAUACAACAAGGACAACAAAUGUCCAGAUAUUCAGCUUCAACCCUUUUGGACAUUAACGCUUCAAAAAGCAAUGUUAACGUAUCCCGCGUAACAAGUGAUAAAUCUGAUAAUAACGUCGUCUUCAAACAGAAACACGAAAUCACCAGUGGCGUUAGUACCCUACCUGCUCGACAUAGCAAAUCUUUAGACCAGUUAAGAGUAUCACAAAUGGCUCCACUUAAUGUACAGACUUUAUCAAAAAAUGUUAAAAAUAGUUCAAAUACUUCUGUUAAUUAUCAAAAAUCGUAUGCACCACCACAACAAAUAAAACCCACGACACUACCAAGAAGCGUUACUACAACAGCUUAUCCCACUAAUACAACAACACGUUGUGCAUCUAAAGGCGAUGAUUACAGAAGAAACAUUAAUGAAUUCAGAGAGAAAUAUAAGAAUCCUUGCAAUUCCAAUAUGCAGAAUGUUCAUGGAAUGAAUAAUGAAGUUUUUCAUAAUGUAGGCUAUAAGUAUGAUGGUACAAUUAAAGGUAACGCUAACCAAAUCUAUGGUUACACCUUCGGUAAUCAGGGUAAUAUGACUGCGAAUAAUGUUAUUCGUAAUCCGUUAGAAUUCCAAAGAGGCUAUAGUGUAAAUUUACCCCGUCCUAUGUUGCCUCCUAGAAAUUCUUAUCCACCAGUUAGUGGAAAAAUACAAGUGACUGAUCAAAGCAACUUAGUUUCUAAUAAACACGUUCAUAGAUCUAACUCAACACAUGUGUUUCAUCAGAAUAUGGAGAACCCACAAAUUGAUAUUGAAGCUGCCCGGAAUCAAUUGAGGCAUGAAUUGAAUUAUUAUCUACAAAAAGGAGACUGGAGCUAUGAUGUUAACACUGGUAGCCUAAUUCAGAAUUACCAAAAGAAAUCCAGUAAAAGUAGUGAUGAUAGUGGUUUUGUGAUGACUUUAGAUAGAAGCAGUGAUGGAACAUCUAAAUCAACGUACUCAAAAACACCACCAUCAACUCCCCAUUCUACUUUACCAUCGGUAAGACAUAAGAAGAGUCGAUCUAAGGAAUCUAAAUUAAAUACAAGCGGAAAAGAAAACAUGAAAGUGAAUUCAAGUCGGGAUUCUCUGAGCAGUCAUCAUUCUAUCAAGUCCAGAGAUAGCAAGUCUGAUAGACAGACACCUAAAUCUGAUCGCAGUACUCCUAAAUCCGACAGAGGUACUCCAAAAUCAGGCAAAGCUACGCCAAAAUCAGGUGGUCUCACGCCCAGAUCAGGUUUAGCUACUCCAAAGUCAGGCAGAAUGACUCCUAAAUCUGGCGGAACAACACCUAAGAGUGGAAGGUCUAGUGGUAAACCAGAACGGCGGUCAAAACAUAAGCCAUCAGAAAAAAUGACUCAGCUUAUGUCAGAGGCUGCGUCAUCUUCUAGUGAUGAAAGCAUACCUUUUGAACUUAGAAGGUUAGAGUCAUCAACAAGUGUACCUUUUAGUCUUGAUCAUGGUUCUGAAUUGAGACAUUGUAGAAGUGCUGCUUCUAUAAUUGAAGAACCUAAUUUAAAUAAUGCAUUUGGUUCAGAAUCUUUGCCGAAUUUAGCUCCACCGCCUGCUUUUGAAUCACCGCCAUUAAACAUAGAUGAUAAAGACUUUAAAAUUUUACCACCUGAGAAUUUUUUAAGCAAAGAUGAUAAACGUAGCAAAAGUUCGACUUCCAGCUUGAGCGAACAGAGUGGAUGGGUUUCAAGUGGACGCAGCUCAGGGCCCUCCACACCUGAUAAUGGUAGUUGUCAAUUGAAUCAAAACUUUCCUCCCGCCAACGGCACUGCCUCUACUAACAAAACAAUUAGCAAAAAAAUUGAUGAAAAUAUUGAUAAACGAAGAAAAGAUGGCGAAAAAAUAAGUGAAUUCAAAAGAACUGCCCUAAAUGGUGAACAACUUAGAGAACGUCUACUUAAAUUGGCAGUCAAAGCUGCUCAAGGGAAUUCAACUGAAAAAAUUGAAUGUUGUGAUAAAGAAGUAUGUGAAGAAUGUACAAUAUGUAGUGACUCGAUUUGCACUGACAGCCAAUGUGAAUUUAAUAAAAUUAUGCACACAAACGGAAUUGAUGCAGGCUGCAAUUCAGAUACCUGUAAUGCUAGUUGUUUUCAACAAUAUACUGAUCCACAUAUUAAUAAGGUUAACCAAAGGCAUAAUUCUUUUAGUGCUAUUCAAGGUAAUACUUACAGUUCUAUAAACAAAAUUUCAAAUGAAGCGACAGUUAAAAAAUCACAAACAGUAAGUGAUAAUUUACAUCCAUAUAUAAGAAAAGAAAUACCACCUAAAACCCAGCCAAUUGCCCCUGUAAAAUCGAACACAUUGAAUAAGACGAAAUUAAAAGACAGAAUUGAAUAUACAGAAAAAUUGAUCGCUGCAGAAAUACGUAGUCUAGCGGUAGACCGCUCGUGUAAAAGUCAUCAAAUUCCACCUGGAGUGGCUGCGGUUAUUCAGAAAUAUCAGGGUAAAGCAAAAUCAGAAGUGGACUUAAGUCAUUUUGGUGCUGAGAAUGAUUACGAACACUUACCGCCUCCUCAACAAUUUAGAGACGCACCGCCACCUCCCGAUGAGUUUAAGGAUCCACCGUCAAAAUCUCCAAUGGUAUCUCGGAGCAGUAGUAAAUCAUCAACACCAUCAAGAACUCCACGCAAAGCAGCACAACCUACGACGUUACAACUUGACAACCCUCUCUACCAUGUUUGCGAAGGAAUUAUUGAGAGACGAAAAUUAAGGCCUCAUCAAUCUAUGAAUGUUGCUGCCACAACCUCUGCUAGCACGCUUAAUAAAAGCCAAAGCACGGGAGAAUUGGCGAGCAGAAGUGAAAAUGGUCAUAAUAAAAAGCACCGGCAAAGUAAUCUCAUCAGUAUAUUUGGAUUGGCUGAAUCAGAAAGGCUUUUCGUAAAAUGUAGAGAUGAAUUCAGGCAAAGUGUAAAAUAUCCAGGAGCAAUAUACUCAGAUUUUCCUCCAGUCGAUAACUCCUUGCCGUAUUUCCAUAUCAGCGAUGAAUACAGAAUGUUCAAUCCGGAAGGUCUACAUCUCAUAAUAUGCGUUCACGGAUUGGAUGGCAAUGCGGCGGAUCUACGUUUAGUCAGAACGUAUUUAGAACUAGGACUGCCUGGAGCCAGAUUAGAUUUCCUGAUGUCUGAAAGGAACCAAGGCGAUACAUUCUCCGAUUUUGAAACAAUGACUGAUAGAUUGAUUCAAGAAAUUGUGACGCACAUACAAAAUGCAGGUGAACCAGCUCGUAUCAGUUUUGUGGGACAUUCGUUGGGCACUAUAAUCAUAAGAUCGGCGCUAGCAAGGCCGCAAAUGAAACCGUUCCUGGGUAUACUCCAUACAUUCCUGUCAUUGAGUGGACCGCAUUUAGGAACUUUGUAUAACUCAAGUGGACUUGUUAAUGCAGGAAUGUGGUUUAUGCAGAAAUGGAAAAAAUCUGGAUCCCUGCUCCAAUUGUCUCUUCGCGAUGCACCCGACCCUCGGCGGUCGUUCCUCUAUCGGCUGAGCGAGCGGAGUCAAUUGCAUCAGUUCAAACACAUCCUGCUUUGUGGCUCUGGGCAGGACAGAUAUGUGCCACUGCAUUCUGCGAGGCUGGAGCUAUGCAAAGCAGCUGCUAAAGACUCGUCCAUAUUAGGACAGGCCUAUCGAGAAAUGGUACACAACAUGGUUUCACCAUUAGCUGCCCGAGCGUCGUCAGUGUCGGUCGUGCGGUAUGAUGUCCAACACGCGCUUCCUCACACGGCCAGCGCUCUCGUGGGGCGGGCGGCACACAUCGCAGCCUUGGACUCUGAUCUCUUCAUCGAAAAGUUCCUUCUCGUCUCUGCUCUCAAAUACUUUCGAUGAGAAUCCAUUUCAAUUAGUUAAAUUUUUUAGGUGGUCACUUUAUUUGUUGAUACGUCUAGUUAUGCACGAGUGUUUGGUUAGUAAUUGUGUACUCGGGAAAAGAAAAUGUUCAUCGCAUCUUAGCCUCAAGCGUCAACACCGAUGAUGCAAUGUCGUACUAGGAUUUAUCUGAAGAUUUAGAGCAAAAACCUUCGGUGGUAAAACUGAUUUUAUAAAAGCUAAGAGUUUGUCUCAGUCUAUGCUUUUACCUUAAGUAAUCACUGCAGGCAUUAUUGAGGUUGGAUCAUGGUGACUUUGGGAACUAGCAGAUUUCAAAGGAACCUUCAGCCGUCCAAGCCCUCGAAAAAUUGUUAAGGAUUUGUUGGGACGGGUUGACAUAAAGCUAUCUGUGCAAGUAUUAACUAGAUUUCGCAUAUUAUACUGAAGAAAAUAUUUUAAAAAAUUACGCUUAUACUUGGAUGGUUGACGACUUUAUAACUACUGCCUAUCUCCUAAAACCACCAUGAUCCAAACUUCAUAGACGCCUACCAUACUUACAUCCUUUGCCUGAAUAACUAUCAGUUGUUAUAAAAUCACAAAGAUUUAGCUAUCACAGGCAAUCGCUCUAUUAGUACUUGUUCACAUAAGGAGACUUUUCUUGUCAAUUUUAUUAUCCUAAUUUUGUAUUUCAUCAGCAUUUAUUUAUAACAAAAUCUCACUCUAAAUGCACGAUUAAGAUAAUUUAAAUAAUCAAAAUUCAAUUAUAAAAUAAAAUGUUAUCAACCGUCUUCACAAUAAGAAAUUAUCAUGCACGUUCAAUUUGAUCUAUUUAAUAUUUUAAGAGUUUAUCAUCUAUUAAAUGAUCUCUUUAUUUAAAUGCUUGUAUGGGUAACUUUAUGGGGAAAAGAGUGUGAUAAUUUCCACGCUGUUGCAGCGACUUACACUAUUCUGAUAUGAAAUCCUUGAAAUCUAAUUAUUUAAAUAGGUUAAGGCGGAUCUUUACACCAAAUAAUUAAGACUCUCGAAAUUAGCAGUGUAGAUACAUGUAGAUGUUAUUUGUAUUAGGAAUUUAUAUUGUUGUAUAUGGAGGCAUUAGACGAUCAUUGGCUUUAAUACUCGCAUAUCUAAAAACGCGGGAAACGCAAACAUCAAAAAAAUAAUUCGACCAAGGUCACAGAAUCACAGAUUCAGAAGUCUUUUUGAUCGUCUAGUGGUCACCACAAAAUUGUGUCACAUUCUAAGUGUUUUGUGUGCUCCUGGAUUGCUAUGCCCGUGGAUUUUUGAUUUUGAGCUAAUAACCUACUUUAUAUUCCAAAUAUUCCUAUACAACACGUACAAAAUGUUGUCGCGCAAGUUUUACAAUACCUAACCUCUGAGAACACCAACUAACUAAGUAUAAUUAAUUAUAAUAAAAUUAGUGUGAUCAACACUAUAAGCGCUAGUCGUAAAUAAGUAUUAUUUCCUACUUCAAACCCCUUCAUGGAAUUUGUAUAUUAUUAAAUGUCUACACACUUAUUGAUUAAUUGCUUUGGGCACUAUCUACUAUAUAAUAAUUUAAAUAUUACAGACAAAUCGCAGAGUUGAGUCCUGAACCGCGCAUUCCAUUGGUGCGAGGCAUGACGAGAGAGGGAGAGAGGAGGUGCGGGAGGCAGCACUUCUUUCCCCCCGCACCUCUGUCGCGCAGCUCUCUGACGUCAUACCCCUUCACCCUUGUAUCGCGAUUAAAGACUUGGUUUUGCUGUUUGACUAAAAGGAAUUGCUUUCAUUUUGAGAGUAUAAAUAUUGUGAUUUGUAAGGAAAAUGAUACGCCAUACAUAAGGCAUGAGUAAAAACUAACUCUACAGAAGCCUAUGUAGCGAAUAAUCUUAGAUUAAAAAUAUUCUUAGAAGAAUAGAGCUCACUAGUCUCUAUGAUAGCUACGCAGAACCCGACAUCGAUCGGGUUUAUCACCUACUUAAGUUUUACACAAAUAAUGUGACAAUUUUUUGGGAUCUUUUACGCACUUUUUAUAGAUUGGUUUUCUUAGUUAUUAAGCUAUUUCAAUUUGACACUUAAUUAAGUGGACGAAUCUGACAAGGCCUUAUUACAAUAUAAGGACAGGCCUUAGCCUUAAAUGAAAUAAUUAUAAAAUGUAAAGUAACGAAUGUUAGACUGAUCUUUAAAAAUAUACGGUAUUGAUAAGUUUAUUAGUUUUGAAUUAUUUGUAGAUAUCAAUGAUUUGAUAACGUUGUUGCGAAUAAGUUGUAUCUUGCUCUGUCCAUGUUUUCUCGUAUUUAUUAUAAUAUUGUAGGUAAAGUUUUAUACAGGGCUUAGAGAAUCUAAUUUUUUGUUACAUAAAAGAACUUAAUAAAUCCGUACGAUAACAACAUGUUCAAAAACUUGAGACAUUUUUGUUUGUAUAUUUAUAUUUUAAUACAUCAAUAUCUAGGUUUUGUCAUUAUGUUGAUUAUAUUGUAUGUUUGAUAAAGCACAUUAGAUAAAUGAGACGUGUCGAUGUACGUGUAAUGAUGAAUUGAAAACCACAAGGUAUUUUUUGUUCUUAUUGAAUGCAGUGCCGGAUUAAGGUCUCAGUGACUAUUUUUUUAAUUUCUCAUAAUAAGCUUUAUUUAACAUUUAUUGUUGGUUUAGAAUGAAUCAUAAUACCCACAAAUACAAGUGUUUGCUGACAGGAAUGCGAAAAAUGAGAGACCAUAGGACAAUGCUAUGUAGGUAGUUCAUAAUAUGCGGAGAAUCAAAUUACCAACUUAUAGGUAGUUAAAAUAAUAUUUUCUUCCUCUCUGAUGCAGUUACUUAGUAGGUACUUGAUUUUUAAUAUUUGAGAAGAAAAAGACUAUUCUAUAAUUUUGUUUCCGUUAGCCGUGAGGAGUCUACCGGAAACGACGCUUGGCUAAGCGAUUUAGCGCUACUUUACUUCACCGCACAGUAAUCGAUCAGGGUUACAGGGUGCCUAUUGGCAGUUUUCAUAUUCAUUCUGUGACUAUCGCGUAACCGUAAACGCGAAUUUCUAAGGAAUUGUAACAGCUGUGCAUUAGUGCCACUAGAUGGCGCUGUUUCAAUUCCUUAAAAACUCGCGUUUACGGUUACGCGAUCGUCGCUGUAUGAAGACAUUGAAAACUGCCACUAGGCACACAGUUUCAGUGUAAUGUAGGUAAUCUCCAACUUGGCUUAUAAUUUUAGGGAGAAAUGAACUACCUUCAAACUAUCUAUAUAACUACUAAAACCUAUUUGCGCAUUUAGAUGACAAGCUCCAUUCAAAUCGGAUUGACAGUUUCAUGGGAAAAACACAAACAUAUAUACGGACAGAAGACAGAACCUCUUGUGUUUGAAGUCGGUAAAUAAUAUGAGACUUGAUACCUUAAUCCGGUACCAGUUGAAUGCGUUGUUGUUGUACAAAACAAAUAGUGUCUAACAUUAUAAUAAUUAUAAUAUAUCGUAGAGUAAUACCUCAAUAUUGCUCAUAAGCAAGCUUAAACAGAAUUACUUUAAAGUGGUAGUACCUAUGUGUCGGAAUGAAAGAAAAUGAAUUUUGUAAAUACUAAAUUUUAUUUGUAAAAUACAAACUGUAUUGUUAAAUGGCAAUGUGUCGAUGUUAUACACCUAUGAUAAAAUAAAUAAAUAAAUAAAUGCCUAAAACUAAA